GGCAGAAGAAGCAUCAAGAAUCGGCGAAAUGGAGGAUGACACGAUGUCUGUCACUAGAACGAAGUCAACGAGACACCAUGGCACCCACAGUGGUAAACGGAACGCUUCGCUCAAGUCGAAACCAUCCCGUGGUGUUCCUAAGGAGAGCACCAUCUCAAGGGUUUCCAAGGGUCUAAAGUCGUCGCUAUCUGUCGAGAAAACGCCCCCCAAUAAACGUUCAAGCCAGAAGCCAAAUUCAAGGUCACAUCCUUCAUUACGCUCUGCAAGUGAAAUAAAGCAGGUUCCCAAGGAGGGCACCAUCUCAAAGGCGUCUGUGGGUCUAAAGUCGCCGCUAUCUGUCGAUAGAACGCCCCCCAAUAAACAUCCAAGCCAGAAGCCAAACUCAAGGUCACGUCGUUCAUUGUACUCUGGAAGUAAAAUAAAUCAGGAAUUCGAAAAGAGUGACGACUGCGAGAAGGCAAAGACAGAUUGUCGCACCGAAAUCACUCCUUCGGACAGCACGUCGCCACGGGCGCAGCCAGGGCCUUGGUCUUCGACCACGAGCGGAACUAUUGGCAGCACCUUCAGGCGGCACGCGCAGGCAUUCGUGCUCACGGCCGUGGCAAUGGUGAUGCUCACGCUGAUUGUUGGCGCGCUCUUGGUUCGCCGGCGCCCGGUCGCCGUUGCGUGCACUUCUCCGGCCUGCCACUACUACUCCUUGCUGCUGCAGGACACGCUGAACGAGUCCACGCCGCCUUGUGCGGACCUGUACGAGCACGUGUGUUCCCGCUGGGACGCCCGUCACCCUUACUCGGUCAAGACGUUCGUGUACAACGAGUUCCUGGCGUCUGUGGCAUCGAUUAUGGAGGACAUGAUCAUACCACAAUCUGGAAGGACUGCAAUACAGAACGCAGCUAUGUUUUACCGUUCUUGCACAAGAGUCUACGCAGACGGCAAGGAGAACGUCGGGGAAGUCAAAGCGAUGCUACAAACAUUCGGCAUACUGUGGCCAGAAUGGAGCAGAGAAUCCAACAUACUACGCAUUCUUUCCACGGUGUCAGCCGCGUGGAACUGGGGAAGCAUCCUGCUUUUUGACAUCCCAGUUCAAGCAAGGCUCACCAUCGCACCUGCCCCGUACUUUCAAUUCCUCGUCGAGCGACACAUUCAAAUCGAGCAGCACCUGGACGCAAACGUGGAACAACCGUACAGGAGCUUCUUCGAAGCCGCAGUUCAAAUGUUCGCUCGGCCUGGAGCCGAGCGAGCGUUGUCUUAUUACGAGCACUGGAACAUCGAGAGCACUGUGUUGUCAACGCUCAAGGCUGCAUAUAACAAGUACGAUUGGAUGAACAUCGAGAAUGCCACCCUCAACGAAACUGUCGAUUUGGCGGAGCGAGCAAAGCCGCGUGAUGCAUGGGUGCAAGAGAUCAGCGCCGCGUUCAAUGUCUCCGUCGACGAUAGCUUUUCAGUUUCCAUCGAGAACGUGCACUAUUUUCAGUCGCUUUUCAGUCUCGUCAGGGACCAAGGUGAAAGCGACUUGGCCUAUUAUGUUGGCUGGGGCGUUGUGCAGGCGCUGUCGCUUAUGUCGAGCUCGAUUCUUAUCCGCCGGUACUUCGCCACCGAUGACGAAGCCAGGCAAGGUCAAAGCACGUUCUGCACUAAACUGACCAACAUGUAUAUGAGCCCGGCCCUUCACGCGAUCUACGUGAGGGAUGAGAUCGGUGUCCAUGUCCUAGUGGAUGCCGAGGACACAGGACGAAAUAUAGAGAGUGUCUUCCGAGACGGAGUUAACGUGAUUGCCGCUUGGCGAGAUGCUCUGCCAAGCGGUGCAUUUUCAGUAGCCGGACUCGUCGAACACCUCUCCACCAUGAGAAAAGCCGACGCAGGUUCAAGCGACCAGGAGUACGAGCACUUCCCUGAGAUGGGCGACGACAUCUUGAAUAACAUGGAACUUGCUGCACGCAAGCAUCGGAGUAUCAAGACAGGCAAUAACUCGGCGGUGGACAUGGUCGUCAACGGCACCGUGCAAUUUUUUCAUUUCCUGGACGGCCAUGUCGCACUGCAUCCUAUCAUCUUUCAGGAGCCGUUAUACAGCAGCGACGCUCUGCCGGCGAUCACCUACGGCACACUGGGCACCGAGGUCUCCUAUGCCUUGGCCACGCGGUUGCUCGACGUAGUCCUAGAAUCCAAGAACGAGCUUCACGUGCCCUUGAGGCCCAUCCUGACGUGCGUGUUCGGUCAAGAGAUGCUCGCGAGCGAACUCGAUAGCCGUCAGCUAGAGUUCCUUCGGCGUCUUGUAUCGGUACGUGCAGUUUUCCAGGCGUUCGCCCGCGGACCUCGUGCAGCAUCGGGCUCACCUUUCGGGUUGCACAACUAUGAGCAUUUGUCAAGCAAUCAGCUGCUGUUUAUAUUCUGGUGCUUCGUUCAGUGCGGGUCCAGGGACGGUAAAGUAAUAUGCAACAAGGCUGCAAGCUUGACGCGGGGAUUUUCCGGUGCUUUCCGCUGCAGGAAGGGCAGCCCUAUGUACGCUGAAAAUGACUGUCCUCUGUUUGAGAAGGAGAAGUGA